GAAAUCCCCCCCCUCCAAGCCGCCGGCACCAGCUUUGGAAAAUUGGUGAGAAAGCUUGGAAUUUCUCCUUCUUUCUUGUCCAAGAACCUGAUUUGGAACCCAUAAAUCUUCCCCCCUGCUGGAAAAUCCGGAUCUGCCCUACUUUGCUCUGUCCUUCCGCCGGCUACUCCUGCUUUGUGGGGGUGAUUUGCUCCGGUUUUGGGUAAGAAACAGCUACCAAUCCCUCUGUUCUUGCUUGAAUUAACUUGGGUCUACCUUAAUUGCUCUUAUUUGCUUUAAUUUUGGGUAGUUCCCGUGAGCUUCCCCUGCACUUGCCGCCGGCUUCUCCCCCUGCCAAGUCCGGUUCUGCAACUGGAAAAUUUAUGGUACUGUUCAUAGGUACUGUUCACACACCGAGGGCCAACAUUUAACGAGAAUUUAAAUGAUUAGUUUGUGAUAUAAGAACGAAUUUGGAGAUAUUUGAUCAUGUGGAGAUUGAUAGGAAUAGCAUCGGGAUUAAGAGUGAUCUUGAUGAUUUCAGCUUGAAUUUGUGAUAGUCCGGUAUUAAUUCUGAGGUGUUUUGAUUAGGUUCUCGAUCGUUCUGUCAGUUAGUGUGUGAAUUGAGUGCUCGGUUUUAUGCGAGUGAGGAAGUGAAACCGAGGACGGGGAAACCACAGGAAGUGACGAGUUAGAAGGCUAGCCAUAUUGUAAUUGGAUAUAAAUUUUAGAUAUGAAUCAUGAUCUUGUAUUUGGAGAUUUUAUAAUUUGAUCUUCAGAUUUUGAUGGUAUCAGAGUGUGAAUGUGAUAAGUUCCAAGCCUGGUGCAUUUGUGGGACCCAUCUCACGAGUGCACGGCGUCUGCCACGUCCUCGGAUUUGGGUUCUGGGGCGUGACAGUGGUUUUGCAACAAUAUUACUCCGUAUCAUCGUAAGAUAAUUUUAGGUAGACAAUCGAUGGUUUUGUGGUUCCAAGGGAUUGUAGGGUCGAUGUACAUGCAAUUGGUUUUCGCAAGAAUAGAUUUAGGACACGAGAAAAUGGUAAUGUCCUUAAAUGAAAAGAAUAAAAAUGUGCACUGGGA